AUUGGGCAGAUGCAAAACUUAAUUUUAUUCACAAAUCAAAUCUCGAUGGAACAAAUCGGACACGUUGUACUGGACUGACUGGAAUACACACUCCAUUUUGGCUUGCAACAAGUACACUGGCGAGGGUCUGCGUGAAAUCCAUUCUAACAUCUUCUCUCCCAUGGAUAUACAUGCCUUCAGCCAACAGAGGCAGCCAAAUGCUACAAAUCCAUGUGGAAUUGAUAAUGGUGGUUGUUCCCACUUGUGUUUGAUGUCUCCAGUCAAGCCUUUUUAUCAGUGUGCUUGCCCAACUGGGGUCAAACUCCUGGAGAAUGGAAAAACCUGCAAAGAUGGUGCCACUGAAUUAUUGCUUUUAGCCCGAAGGACCGACUUGAGACGCAUUUCUUUGGAUACACCAGACUUCACAGACAUUGUUCUACAGUUAGAAGAUAUCCGUCAUGCCAUUGCUAUAGAUUAUGAUCCUGUGGAAGGUUAUAUCUACUGGACUGAUGAUGAAGUGAGAGCCAUACGCCGCUCAUUCAUAGAUGGAUCUGGUAGUCAGUUUGUGGUCACCGCUCAGAUUGCACACCCUGAUGGUAUUGCUGUUGACUGGGUUGCCCGGAAUCUUUAUUGGACAGACACUGGCACUGAUCGGAUAGAAGUGACAAAGCUCAAUGGGACCAUGAGGAAGAUCUUGAUUUCAGAGGACUUAGAGGAACCCCGGGCUAUUGUGUUAGAUCCCAUGGUUGGGUACAUGUAUUGGACUGAUUGGGGAGAAAUCCCGAAAAUUGAGCGAGCAGCUCUGGAUGGUUCUGACCGAGUGGUGUUGGUUAACACUUCUCUUGGUUGGCCAAAUGGUCUAGCCUUGGAUUAUGAUGAAGGCAAAAUAUACUGGGGAGAUGCCAAAACAGACAAAAUUGAGGUGAUGAAUACCGAUGGCACUGGGAGACGAGUACUAGUGGAAGACAAAAUUCCUCACAUCUUCGGGUUUACUUUGUUGGGUGACUAUGUUUACUGGACUGACUGGCAGAGGCGGAGCAUUGAAAGAGUACACAAACGAAGUGCAGAGAGGGAAAUCAUCAUAGAUCAGCUCCCUGACCUCAUGGGCCUAAAGGCCACAAAUGUUCAUCGAAUCAUUGGUUCCAACCCCUGCGCUGAUGAAAAUGGGGGAUGUAGCCAUCUUUGCCUCUAUAGACCUCAGGGCCUUCGUUGUGCCUGUCCCAUUGGCUUUGAACUCAUCAGUGACAUGAAGACCUGCAUUGUCCCAGAGGCUUUCCUUUUGUUUUCUCGGAGAGCAGAUAUUAGGCGAAUUUCUUUGGAAACCAACAAUAAUAAUGUGGCCAUUCCACUCACUGGCGUCAAAGAAGCUUCUGCUUUGGAUUUUGAUGUAACAGACAACCGAAUUUACUGGACUGAUAUAUCACUCAAGACCAUCAGCAGAGCCUUUAUGAAUGGCAGUGCACUGGAACAUGUGGUAGAAUUUGGCUUAGAUUAUCCAGAAGGCAUGGCAGUAGAUUGGCUUGGGAAGAACUUGUACUGGGCAGACACAGGAACGAAUCGAAUUGAGGCAUCAAAGUUGGAUGGGCAGCACCGACAAGUUUUGGUGUGGAAAGACCUAGACAGUCCCAGAGCUCUUGCGUUGGACCCUGCUGAAGGAUUCAUGUAUUGGACUGAGUGGGGUGGAAAACCUAAGAUAGACAGAGCUGCCAUGGAUGGAAGUGAACGUACUACAUUAGUUCCGAAUGUGGGGCGUGCAAAUGGCCUAACUAUUGAUUAUGCUAAAAGGAGGCUCUACUGGACAGACCUGGACACCAAUUUAAUAGAAUCUUCAAAUAUGCUGGGACUCAACCGUGAAGUUAUAGCAGAUGACUUGCCUCAUCCUUUUGGCUUAACUCAGUACCAAGAUUACAUCUACUGGACGGACUGGAGCCGACGCAGCAUUGAGCGUGCCAACAAAACUAGUGGCCAAAACCGCACCAUCAUUCAGGGCCAUUUGGACUAUGUGAUGGACAUCCUCGUCUUUCACUCCUCUCGGCAGGCAGGGUGGAACGAGUGUGCUUCCAGCAAUGGGCACUGCUCCCACCUCUGCUUGGCUGUGCCAGUCGGAGGUUUUGUCUGUGGAUGUCCUGCCCACUACUCUCUCAAUGCUGACAACAGGACAUGUAGUGCUCCAACUACUUUCCUGCUCUUCAGUCAGAAGAGCGCCAUCAACCGCAUGGUAAUUGAUGAACAGCAGAGCCCCGACAUCAUCCUUCCUAUCCACAGCCUUCGGAAUGUCCGAGCCAUUGACUAUGACCCACUGGAUAAGCAACUAUAUUGGAUUGAUUCACGACAAAACAUGAUCCGGAAAGCACAAGAAGAUGGCAGCCAGGGCUUUACUGUGGUUGUGAGCUCAGUUCUGAAUCUAGAAAUACAACCCUAUGACCUCAGUAUUGAUAUCUAUAGCCGCUACAUCUACUGGACUUGUGAGGCCACCAACGUCAUUACUGUCACCAGAUUAGAUGGGAGAUCAAUUGGAGUAGUGCUGAAAGGCGAGCAAGACAGACCUCGAGCCAUUGUGGUAAACCCAGAGAAAGGGUAUAUGUAUUUUACCAAUCUUCAGGAAAGGUCUCCGAAAAUUGAACGAGCUGCUUUGGAUGGAACAGAACGGGAGGUUCUCUUUUUCAGUGGCUUAAGUAAACCGAUUGCGUUGGCCCUUGAUAGCAGAUUGGGCAAGCUCUUCUGGGCUGAUUCAGAUCUCCGGCGAAUUGAAAGCAGUGAUCUCUCAGGUGCCAACCGGAUAGUAUUGGAAGACUCGAAUAUCUUGCAGCCUGUGGGACUAACUGUGUUUGAAAAUUGGCUCUAUUGGAUUGAUAAGCAGCAGCAAAUGAUUGAAAAAAUUGAUAUGACAGGUCGAGAGGGUAGAACCAAAGUCCAGGCUCGAAUAGCCCAACUUAGUGACAUUCAUGCUGUAAAGGAGCUGAACCUUCAGGAAUAUAGACAGCACCCUUGUGCUCAGGAUAAUGGUGGCUGUUCACAUAUUUGUCUUGUAAAAGGAGAUGGUACUACAAGGUGCUCUUGCCCCAUGCACUUGGUUCUGCUUCAAGAUGAGCUGUCAUGUGGAGAACCCCCAACAUGUUCUCCUCAGCAGUUUACUUGUUUCACGGGAGAAAUUGACUGUAUCCCUGUGGCUUGGCGGUGCGAUGGGUUUACUGAGUGUGAAGACCACAGUGAUGAGCUCAAUUGUCCUGUAUGCUCAGAGUCCCAGUUCCAGUGUGCCAGUGGGCAGUGUAUUGAUGGUGCCCUCAGAUGCAAUGGAGAUGCAAACUGCCAGGAUAAAUCAGAUGAGAAGAACUGUGAAGUGCUUUGUUUAAUUGAUCAAUUCCGCUGUGCCAAUGGUCAGUGCAUUGGAAAACAUAAGAAAUGUGAUCAUAAUGUGGACUGCAGUGACAAAUCAGACGAAGUGGAUUGUUAUCCAACUGAGGAGCCAGCACCACAGGCCACCAAUACAGUUGGUUCAGUUAUUGGAGUAAUUGUCACUAUUUUCGUGUCUGGAACCAUAUACUUUAUUUGCCAGAGAAUGUUGUGUCCACGUAUGAAGGGAGAUGGAGAAACCAUGACUAAUGACUAUGUAGUUCAUGGACCAGCUUCUGUGCCCCUUGGUUAUGUGCCACACCCAAGCUCUUUGUCAGGAUCUCUUCCAGGAAUGUCUCGAGGUAAAUCCAUGAUCAGCUCCCUCAGCAUCAUGGGGGGAAGCAGUGGACCCCCCUAUGACCGAGCUCACGUCACAGGAGCAUCAUCAAGUAGUUCUUCAAGCACCAAAGGCACUUAUUUCCCUGCAAUUUUGAAUCCUCCACCAUCUCCAGCCACGGAGCGAUCGCAUUACACUAUGGAAUUUGGUUAUUCUUCCAACAGUCCUUCCACUCAUAGGUCCUACAGCUACAGGCCAUACAGUUACCGGCACUUUGCACCCCCCACCACACCCUGCAGCACAGAUGUUUGUGACAGUGACUAUGCUCCCAGCCGGAGAAUGACCUCAGUGGCAACAGCCAAGGGCUACACUAGUGACUUGAACUAUGACUCAGAGCCUGUGCCCCCACCUCCCACACCCCGAAGCCAAUACUUGUCAGCAGAAGAGAACUAUGAAAGCUGCCCACCUUCUCCUUACACAGAGAGGAGCUACUCUCAUCACCUCUACCCUCCACCACCCUCUCCCUGUACAGACUCCUCCUGAGGAGGGGCCCUCCUCCUCUGACUGCCUCCAACGCAAACGUGUACAUACAGAUUUGGUUGAGAUCUGGAGGGGGGGAGGGAGAUACUAGAGAAGGAUGAGGCAGACCAUGUACAGUUAAAAAUUAUAAAUGGGGUAGGGAAUACUGGAGAUAUUUGUACAGAAGAAAAGGAUAUUUAUAUAUUUUCUUAAAACAGCAGAUAUGCUGCUUGUGCCAUAAAAAUUUGUAUAAAAAUAAAUUUGUACUAAAAAUUUUAUUUUUGCAAACGAAAUACACAAAGCAUGCCUUAAACCCAGUGAAGUGACUGAGUACAGAGGAAAUAGGAAAAAUAAAGGCAUCAGUGACCAGGAAUGCCUGGGCUUUAUUGAUACCAAAAAUAAAAGAAGAAGGAGAAGAAAAAUUUAAGUCCAUCUCAGAGCAGCAAACCAUAGAUGCUUGGAAGUAGCCAAAUAACCUUCAUGUUAACUAACAUUUGAGGGCCAACAAAUUUAAGAAAUCAUGAAAGAGAAAAAGGAAUUAAUACUAACUUUGGACAUAGGGUUUUGGAAAUCCAGCAAUUUUAGUGAGGGAAAUAGAUAUUUAUAAAAACCCAUUCUGGGUGUUGCUGUGUAGGAAAGAUCAGCUGUCUGGUAAGAGCCCGCGGGGCCACGUGUGCGGGUCUCUGUCCCUACCUUCGAGUCCACACGCCUCCUUCAGAACUUUCUUCUCCAGGUGUUUUCACCUCGCUUGCUCCCCCGGCAGCUUUGUAGGCCGUUUUGCCAAGAUACCAUGAUUUAUUCAAAGCUUUUUAUCUUAGGAUUGAUUAAAUGGAAUUUCUAAAUUAAGAUUUUAUUUUAAUAUUUAUACUAGCUCCAUUCUCCUGUAUGCGUAACUCUUCAAUUUGACUGCUGUUUUUGCAUAAUGAUCAAAGGUUAGACAUAUUAUUGCUCCUCUUUACUUCUAAGAUUGUUUUAAUGCUCCUUAAACUGCCUUUUUACAACACAUGUAGACAGUGUUUAAGAAUUACAAAUUUAACCAUUAUGUUUUUGUUGUAAAUGGAUCAUAUAUCCUUGCAGUACUUUCAGCAUGUAAUAUCACAGUAUAAAAUCAUUUUUAUAUAUAUUUUUCCUACUAAAAUAUUUAAAUAUGUUCUGGUUAGAGACAAUCUGUGUAAAAGGAGAAUGUUUUGUCAUCAUUAGGUUUUCCCUUUGGUAACUGUUUGUGACAUGUUCAUGUUCUUUAGGCCAAUUUUUCUCAGAAUGAUGUCUACAUACAUACCUCUUCUAACGUGUGACAUAAGUUUAAUAUCUUUCUGUUACCUAAUGUGAAUGUUAGAUUUUUUUUCAAAUUAUCCACAGAUUAUUCUUUUAAUCACCUCUUAUAUAUAUAUAUUUAUGUGUGUUCUCUCUCAUCCCAUUAUGGAUUAAGGUGAUUUAACAAAUUUAACAAUACAGAUUAAAUGAGAAGGCAAACUUAACUUCUCAGCUGUCAGAACUCGGGUGGAGGGGAAUAAUGGAAGGCUCCUUUGUAAUCUGCCUGCCCUGCAUGGUACUGGGCUGCUGCCUUCAGCUAUUAGGGCUGACCUGUGGAACAUUCUAGCACUGCUCUGCCUCCUUGCCAGAGUUAGUUUCCUGCUUUUCACAUGUUUCCAGCAUUUCUCUGCUAAAAUUGAAUGUGUUUUUAAACUAAUAUAUUUUUUACCUUAACAGAUGUUGGUCAGUUACUUAUUGAAUGGUUUUUUAAAAAUUCUGUCUUGCUGAGGCCUCUCUGGGUUUCAAGGCCCAAGAAGGAACAAUGGAAGAAAGGAUUCGGAAUAUUGGGAAGGGUGAUAUUUUAAGCAAUUAAAAAAUACCUAUGUAAAAGUUUUAGAGAAAGAAAUGUGGUUUCAGAAUAAUGCUUAGCUUGUUGGGGACACCAAGAAUCCAGUGCACUUGGUUCUGCACAUGAAUAAAUGGUGAUCCAGCAGUGUCUUGCAUUUCAGUCACACAAGCGGUAACUUCCUGUUGAUGGAACGAAGUGCUCACUGCCUAACAGAAUGGACACGAAGUUGCGUUCUGUGACACACACGGGCACCUGAUGCUUAAAUGAAGAUGGAAAGGUUAGCAAUAACUGGGUAUCAAUUAGAAUUUGAGAAUUCUAUAUGUUUACAUUUUUUUAAUGUGCAUCUUUAUCUGGUGGGCUUCCCAUGUGGACACUUGCACUAUAAUGACCUAAGAAGAAUAUUGCCUUGUUGUAUCUCAGUCCAAGUGCUUGCACUGCAUUGGCAAUGGCCUCUUCUUGCAAAAUGCUGAUUUGUGUGCCAAUUUGAAAUUAUUUGAAGGCAGUUCAGCUUAAUCUCAGAAUCCUCUUUCUGGGGUGGUUGAGGUGGAUUUUUAGUAUUUUGGGGAGUACCUUUAAAAUGAGAGCAUUGUCAGAAUUCAGGAAAGAGUCAUUGGCCCUUGGGUUACAUGGACAGUUAAGCUUAAGUAAACUAUCAUUUUUUUCAAAAAAUAUUUUUUCU